GGGGCGGUGCGGCGGCGGAGGAGGGCUGCGGCGAUGGCUGCCGCCUGGCCGUGGCUGCUGCUGUGGCUGUGGCUAGCGGCGGCCCUGCCCGCCAGCCCGGCCCCGCCGCGCAUCCGGCUGCCGCUGCGGGGCGGCGCGGCCCUGCCACCCCCGGGACCCCGCGCUCGCCGGGCUCCUGCCCAGCCUCAGCCGCCAGGUAGCUUCCUGGAGAUGAUCGACAACCUGCGCGGCAAGUCCGGGCAGGGCUACUACGUGGAGAUGACGGUGGGCAGCCCCCCGCAGAAGCUGAACAUCCUAGUGGAUACAGGCAGCAGUAACUUCGCCGUGGGAGCUGCUCCUCACCCCUUCCUCCGGAGAUACUACCAGCGGCAGCUGUCCAGCACCUACCGUGACCUGCGGAAGGGCGUCUACGUGCCCUACACCCAGGGCAAGUGGGAAGGGGAGCUGGGCACCGACCUCGUCACCAUCCCCCACGGCCCCAACGUCACCGUCAGAGCCAACAUCGCUGCCAUCACCGAGUCGGACAAGUUCUUCAUCAACGGCUCCAACUGGGAAGGGAUCCUGGGGCUGGCAUACGCCGAGAUCGCCCGGCCCGACGACAGCCUGGAGCCCUUCUUCGACUCGCUGGUGAAGCAGACACAGGUGCCCAACAUCUUCUCCCUGCAGCUCUGCGGGGCAGGCUUCUCGCCCAAUGAGACAGAGGCUCUGGCAUCGGUGGGGGGCAGCAUGAUCAUCGGCGGCAUCGACCGCUCGCUGUACGUGGGCGACAUCUGGUACACGCCCAUCCGCAAGGAGUGGUACUACGAGGUCAUCAUCGUCAAGCUGGAGGUCAACGGGCAGGACCUCAACAUGGACUGCAAAGAGUACAACUAUGACAAGAGCAUCGUGGACAGUGGCACCACCAACCUCAGGCUGCCGAAGAAGGUGUUUGAGGCUGCAGUGAAGUCCAUCAAAACGGCUUCUUCGACAGAGAAGUUCCCGGAUGGCUUCUGGCUGGGGGAGCAGCUGGUUUGCUGGCAGGUCGGCACCACCCCCUGGCACAUCUUCCCAGUCCUGUCCCUCUACCUGAUGGGGGAGGCCACCAACCAGUCCUUCCGCAUCACCAUCCUGCCCCAGCAAUACCUGCGCCCCGUGGAGGACGUGGCCACCUCUCAGGACGACUGCUACAAGUUUGCCAUCUCCCAGUCCUCCACGGGCACCGUCAUGGGCGCUGUGAUCAUGGAGGGCUUCUAUGUGGUCUUUGACCGUGCCCGCAAGCGCAUUGGCUUCGCCGUCAGUGCCUGCCACGUGCACGACGAGUUCCGGAUGGCGGCGGUGGAGGGGCCCUACCUGCACCCCAACAUGGAGGACUGCGGCUACAACCUGCCGCAGACGGACGAGUCCACGCUGAUGACCAUCGCCUACGUGAUGGCUGCCAUCUGCGCCCUCUUCAUGCUGCCCCUCUGCCUCAUGGUGUUCCAGUGGCGCUGCUUCCGCUGCCUGCGCCGCCGCCACGACGACUUCGCCGACGACAUCUCCCUGCUGAAGUGACAGCGGAGCCCCGGGGCAGCCCCCGGCACUGCGGGGCCAGGGGCGGGGACAGGUACACGGCCUCGGCUUCCCGGCGGGGGCUGGGCAAGGCAGCGGCAUGGGGAGCUCAGAGCCUCCAAGCCCCAGGGGAUUUGGUGCCCCCAGGAGCAGCCUUGGGAGCCCCAGGCCUGGGCUGCCCUUGGCUGGGACCUAGAGGAAGAGCAGAGGGGCUGGGGAGGGAGGCAAGAGGGCACUGACCCCAUCCUGGGGGCCAGGGACAGCUGCUCUGCUCUGGCACCGGGUGAGGCUGCCCCAGGCUCUCCUGCUGAGCCCUGCUAGGCUUGAUGGGGUCACACUGCCUGUGCCCUGCCUGUCCCCUCUCAGCCCGUCCUGCCCUGCACCGUGGCUGUGCCUUCCCCAUGCGGCUCCUUGCCUGGAGCCCAACCCACAGCUCCCAUCUCGGAGCUUCCCUCCCCAGCCCUGGGCUCUUCGGGGCCAGCCUGGGGCUGCUGGGAUGGGAGCAACCAGAGGCAGAGGCUUCCCAUCCAUCCUCCUGCUGCCCCCUGCACCGCUCACCCUGACCCUUCCCGUGGCAUUUCCAAACCUAUCCACCAGCUCCAGGACUUCUGCACACCUCCACCCCUGCCAUCCUGGCACAGGCAGAAGCAGGUCCCCAUCUACUUCCCCCCCUCCCCCCAGAAAACCUCCUCACCUCCCUUCCAACAGCAUCAGCGUGCCCAGGAGGGGCCAAGCCCCCACCCCCAGCCCACCUGCCCGUUGGAAAGCCAUAGGGGAGCCCACUCCUGGGCUCAGCCAGUCCCUGCCCAGCCUCACCCAUAGCGGAGGGCACAGGGAACAGCCUCCUGCUGCCAGGGCAGGGUGGGGGCCAG